UUUUAAUGCAUUAAUCAUGUGGUUUUGGGGGUGAAUAGAAGUGGUGUUUAAUAUAUGAACGUGCAGUGUGUGGGACCCUCGGUCAUCCUGGGUUGAGCCUUGUACUGUACCAAAUCUGGAUUUCACUGCUCCAAUAAAGCGCCAGGAGAAGUCUGGACACGCCUCCUUUCUGUCCCAGUCCGGCUAUUUGUGAGCCGGUGGAAGCCCCCCGACUGUAACACAAUCCCCUCACACACACUCAUACACACACUGGGGGGGGAUGAGGCGUGCGGAGCGGCUGCAGCUGCUGCUCUUCCUGGGCCUGUUCUCAGGCGCCACCGGGCUCCUGUUCACGCUGCUGUGCUGCGGAUCGGAGUACUGGCUGCUGGCCGCCGAGUCCUGCGGACCCCCGCCGGACCCCCACGGCGAGCAGGUCCUGCAGCCCGACCAGACGCUGAGGGUCUUCCACGAGGGUCUGUUCUGGAGAUGCUCCUUCCCGGCCGCCUCCCGUCGGUACUCGCUGUGGGACCUGUGGAUCACGAACCAGCCGCCGUCGAAGCUCUGCCAGCCAGCGUUCCUCUUCCCCUUCCCCUCCGAUCAGCUGUGGGCGGAGUCACGCCGUUUACCCACAGUGCCCUACGAGCCGUCCUCCGCCAUCGUCUUCAGGACCUUUUGGAGCAUCUUCCUGGUGGUGGGCGUGGCCAGCACCGUGGGCGGGGCGUUCGUGGUCGUCUGCGCCGGACCGCUGGCCAAUCACGUUCUGUAUAAAGUGGGCGGGGCGCUGCAGCUGUGUGGAGGCCUGGCUCUGCUCGCCGUGCUGCUCAUGUUCCUGCUGUGGAUCCACGUCCUGGACGCCCUGGAGCGCUUCGCCCUCCAUCAGAGAGCCUCCACCUGCCCCUCCUUCCACCUGGCCGUCCAUCACGGCCCGUCCUUCCUGCUCGCCCCCGUGGCCGUCUUCUUCUGCCUGCUGGCCGGCCUCCUCUCCCUCCUGAUCGGGCGGAGCGUGCGGGAGCAGCAGGUGGAGCGGAGACGGAGGAAGAACUCUGGAGCUUCGUCAACCGAGCUGUGAUUCCAGCGACUCCUCCUGAAAGAUUUCUUCUCACUUGUCCCCCUGAAGCUCCCUGGCGUCCUCCAGUGGAGACCCGCACCGCACUUUGA